AUGUACAACAACCAUACCAGGUCUGACCACAACUUUUCAGUUGCCGAGGCCGGUUACCAUCCUGAAUUUGGCCCCAAUCCCUGGGAUGUCACUGUUGACAGCUCCGGUGAGGAUUUGAGCUAUUCUGACCCGGACAGUCCUUGGUCGUCUUUCGCUCCGGACACUCCUCCUUGCAUUGGCAUCGUGACUUCAGCUAUGCCAUUGACUCCACAAGGAUCUUCCUUUGGAAUCAGUGGAGACGACCCUGGGGAAAACGAGCAACACAACUUUCCCACGCACCACAAUGAGGAGAACCCGACUGUCAACCCCAGUCAUUUGAAUAUGAGCCACUACCCCACGUACGACGCUGGAAUCCAGGACUCAGGCUCCUAUAUUAAUACUCAGGCCUGCUCUAUUCCCCCUUUUUCUGGCCUGGGGCCUUCGGGUCCCCCUCCUAUCCCACAAACUUACUCGGGAUAUUCAUUUGACCAAUCCGUCGAAGCCUAUCAGGCCUCUGAUCCCCCUUUGACUGGAAAACAAGACUUCAACCAAUACGAUUCGGCAGAAGUAGCAGGAGCCCACCCUCCACUCUGCUACGCUUCAUCAGCAUAG